UAAGCAUCACUCGCUCUCGUGGCCUCGUGAACUUCGUUCCAGUGAUCUCCUCUCGCUGGAUCCAAAGCACGCUCUGUUUAUUGCUCUCUCAUCAUUGAUUUCCCAGCUCUACUAACAAGGACCUUGAUUUCUGUACUGGCCGUGUUGUUCUGCAGCUGCUUGAGGAAGUAUGGAGAGCACUGUGCAGUUCUCAUCCAUUGUAUGGCGCAUGCUGUAUGCCAAGCGGCUCAGACGCCACCCCAUCAUCGCAGUCAUGGAGGUCGUCGUACCCCUCUUACCUUUCAUCUUCAUCGAAGACCUCAAGCAGAACGUCGACGAGUCGUCCUUCGUCAACAGCAUCAUCUAUCCGGUCUUCACACCCGACCUGGAAGACAUCGGGUUUGACGCUAUCUACAUGGGCCCUGACAACGAUUACUGCAGAUAUAUGAAGUCUCGGAUCAAUCAAGCUGUGGUGGGAACACCCACUAUUAUUGUACCUGAAGAGUCCGAUCUGGUGUCUCUGUUCAUGUCCCCCAACAUCUCGGACAACGCCCUAGGCCUCUUCUUCAAGGAUCGACAGCACGAAGGAACCAUAUCCACCUACAUGGACUACAUGAUGCUUUUUUCUUCUGGUAUCUUCCAUUUCCGACAAAGCAUGAAGGAGAAGCCAUUGUCCGGACCUUCCGUAGAGCAAGACGAGGUGAGCAUGCGGGUAACAGCAGUUCAAGCCGUGGUCGAGAUGGCUCACAUAAUGAGGUACCAGAACCAAUCUCUGGGUCGCCCGAGUGAGUUCCUUCCAUUGAAAGUGCGUCGACGCCAGUUCCCCUUCCCGACAUACCACGAGGAUGCAGACAACCUGAUGUUCAUGAUGCCGCUGCGCCUGUACUUUUCUUUCAUCUUCUCCUUUUGUGUCAUCGUCGCAAGGAUCGUCGAAGAACGAGCCAGUGGCAUGCAGGGACUGACGCGUCUGCUUGGCCUAUCCCGUGCACGUUUCUGGGUGAGCGUGUACGUGACCAACAUGUGCGUGUGGCUUUUCGCCUGCCUCCUCAUCCUGACUAUAAUGACAAAGGUUGAAGGGUACACCGGCGUCCCUUUUCUCUUCCGGACGGAACCCUCCAUUGUCUACUAUGCCAUGGCCCUCUUUUGCUCCGGCUACGUCCUUCUGGCCAUGCUCAUCGCAUUGUUCUUCAAAGAAGCGAGUUUCGGGACAUCUUUCGCCAUUUCCAUCUGGACGGCCACGGGUCUGAUUCCGUUCCUAUAUUUUCACUGGGUCCGGCGUUCCGUCACCUUGUACGCCCAGAUGAGCCGCCACGUGAAGUUAUUCACAGCAGGAAUCCCGCUACAUGGUCUUUACUACAUAUUCAGAGUCUCCGAACUCUACGAAUCUUACGAGACCACCUUCGACUGGCCUAAGGUCUACACGUUCGCCCUCAGCAAAGACAAUGUGAGCCCCUUCGAAAUCAUGAUAUCCAUGGGGAUCUGUUCCAUCAUUUGCGCCUUCCUUCUGUGGUACCUCGAGGUUGUUCUUCCCUGGACCAGCACAGCGCCACUCCCUCUUUAUUUUCCCUUCAUGUGGAGUUACUGGGCACCACCGGAGUCCGAGCUUCAAGGUACGGGGUCUCGAGAAAGCAAGACAAGCAAGGAGAGUGAAGAAUCUUCGCUAGCUGGUCACUUUGAGGAAGAGCCAAGGCACUUACUGCUGGUUCUUGAGACAAACUCCAUAAGCAAGAAAUACCACAAAAAGCUUGUCGUGAACCACGUCAGCAUCCGACUGUACCAGAACCAGGUUUUCGUGCUGCUGGGACACAGUGGAUCUGGGAAGACCACACUGUCGCAGAUGAUAGCCGGCUUAGUCAGACCGUCCUCUGGAACUGCAGUAAUCGAGGGAUUUGACCUGAUGACUCAUUACCUGGACGCUAUUUUGGACGUGAGCAUCUGUCCGCAGAAGAACGUUCUCUACGAUGAACUUACACUGCACGAACAUCUCUACUAUUUCGCUAAGAUUCAAGGGUUGACACUGGAUGUGCUGGUUGAACAGAUUGACAUUGUGGUCAAGCAACUUCGACUCGCGGAUGCGCUGAAAUUAUACCCUAGGGCUAUGAACUGUGGCUUAAAGCGCAAGUUAUGCAUGGCCAUUGCUGUCAUCGCCGAACCGAAGAUCCUGAUCCUUGACGAACCGACUGCUGGACUGGACGUCGUGACCCGCCAUGAGAUCUGGGAGGUGAUCCAGAAGGUUCGACGAACGUGCACCAUUCUCUUGACAACCGGCGACGUGGAAGAAGCAGAUAUGCUCGGAGACCGCAUUGCGAUCAUAGCUGACGGCAGUAUUCGUUGUUGCGGUUCGCCCGGCUUUCUCAAGACACAAUUCGGAACCGGCUACCACCUUAUGAUUCGGAAGCGUCCCAAGGUAUGCAACGUGGAUGCCAUUCUCCUCGUAGCACGGGCCUACAUCCCAAUGGCACAAAUAGCCUCCGAUGCGGGUGGUAUCUUACGCAUUGCGCUCGGUGUCUCUACGUCCGAGUGCUUCUCGGAGAUGUUCAAGGUGCUGGAACGGUUCAAGCCCAAGCUUGGAAUUGGAGAGCUGUCCGUUGGCAUCACAACAAUGGAAGACGUUUACGUCAAGAUUGCCAGUGAACUGGCUGCACAGAGGCCUUACCAGGCGCGUGAUGAGGACGAUGACAGCGACAGCAACAGUAUUCCAAGCAUGGAAGAAGCGGACUACGAGAGCGUCAGGGAAAUGUGUUCCAAGCGUGCUUUGAAGGCUUCUGUUCUCAAGCAGAUUCGAGCGCUUCUCACGAAGCGUGUUCACUACAUCUGCAAGCAGUGGUACAUUGCCGUCAUUGGAAUCGUCUUGCCAGCUCUCCUAUUUGCGAUCGAGUUCCUGGUAGUGCCCGGGCAAACUGAAAAAUCGCACUCCGAAACAGAGUUUGAAUACAGUCUCACCAAGUUUUUCGACAAUCCGGGCGAGUGGAAGGCCAUCAUGUCGACGGAUGACGCCAUGACCCAACUCUCUCGGCGAAGCUACGUCACCCUUAUCGAAGAAAAGGCGUACGACGUGCUCACCAUCCGAGACAUUCCCGAAUACCUCGUCGAGCUGGGAAGUCAAGACUUCCGACAGUACAGCAAGUACCUGGUAGGCGGUCAGUUCUACAACAGCGCCUCGGAAGGUCUCGUCGCCAUAGCAUGGUACUCGGGAGAGGCAUACCACACUGCACCAAUCUCCAUGAAUCUUGUGCACACGGCUCUGCUUCGAAAUGUAGGGAACGAAGCAAACACUGACAUAAAGGUUACAGUGAGGAUAGCUCAGACAUCCCUACCCAGUACGAGAGGGUUUAACUUGAACACUAUCUAUGCAACCCGGAAGCUCUUGACCCAGGUGACCUUGUUCGGCAUUUCUUUGGCCAUCUUGACAACCACCUUCGGCAUCUUCCCUGUCGUCGACCGCGUCACCAAGUCGAAGCACCUCCAGCUCAUGACGGGGCUUUCAAGCGGGACCUACUGGUUCGCCAACUUUCUGUUCGACUUCUUCUGUUACCUAUUGUCCGUUGCCGGUAUGGUGAUGAUGUUCCAAUUCAUCCACCACGAGUUCGUCGAGACAAUGUUCUCCGGCAUUGUGACCAUCUUCGCCUUGUAUGGAAUCUGUGCGAUUCCGUUGACAUACUUGUUGUCUUUCGCGACGCACUCGACUGCCAUGAUUGUCUGCGUCCUGAUCAUUUGCACCUUCUUCAGCAGUGAGGAAAUUAGCGUUAUGCCGAUGCUGCCCCAGAUAAGGCAGCACAUAGCACAUACUUGCUUAUCCGUCGCAGGUAUGAUGACUGCCAGCCUGUACAUUGUAGCGGAAGCUCUCAAGCGUGACACAGGCGUUCAUAUAGCUGACCUUGUGAAAAGACUGUCGCCGCUGAUGUCCGUGAACCCUCCGUACGCCAUCGUCUCGUCCUUCCUUAGCACGGCGCAACGGAUGCUCCUCAAGGAACUCUGCGAAUCUCACAUCAUCGAGGAGUACAGAUACAUCUGCCCACAUCCAGGUUCAGAUGUACCGUCUCAAGACGUCAAGAGCGAAUUUGCCCAGUACUGUUGCGACAGAUUCAACGCUGUGAACCGCACCAGGGUUCCCGAGGUACCGCUCACCUUCCAGAUCACCACUUCGAAGCUUGUCUUGACCAUCGAGGCCAUCAUCGCCUUCCUCGUCUUGGCGUACAUUGACUCCAGUAGCUUUGGCCAGCUGCGAACUUUCGUCCACACCAAGGUCAGCAAGAAGAACGUCGUCAAUGCCGAAAUGGAAGAGGAUGUUAAGAAGGAAGAAUCUCGGGCCAGGAGCCUGGUUACCAGCAGGAAGUUUAUCAAGGAUCAGAUUGGUGUGCUUGAGUUGACUAAGGGUCACAAAGGACGGUACGCCGUGAACAACAUCAGCUUCGUUGUGCGACAAGGGGAGAUACUUGGUGUCCUCGGUGGAUAUGGCGCAGGCAAGACCACGAUGUUCCGUUUACUAACUGCAGACGUUCCAGCGGACAAGGGCCAAGCCCUGAUCAAUACUCCAGGUGGCAUCUAUUCGCUCCGAGGGAGCAUCAAGGAUUGGCAGAGCAACAUCGGAUACUGUCCUGAACACGACGGAUUCUUGCAGCAGUUAACUGCCUGGGACAUGAUGCUGCUCUUUGCGAGACUUCGUGGCUUACCCGAAAGCAUUAUCUCAGAGGUGGUGGUCCAAUUCAUUCGUAUCGUUGACCUGGAGAAGAUAAUGUACGACCGCAUCGAGACCUACAGCGGAGGCAGCCGACGGAAGUUGUCCCUAGGCCUUGCACUCAUCGGCCUGCCACCCAUCGUGGUCCUGGACGAACCAACAACUGGGAUGGAUUUCGUCUCACGCAAGAAGAUAUGGACCGCCUUAAAGAACCUACAGGCCUAUGCUCACACGGCCGUCAUCAUGUCUUCGCACAGCAUCGAGGAAUGCGAAGAACUGUGCAACCGUAUAAUGAUCAUGAUGGACGGACAGAUCCAGUGCUUGGGCAGCAUUCCACACCUGAAGGCAAAGUUCACCCAGGGUUUUACGAUGACCCUCAAGACCCACAUGGAGUUCCGCGAGGACGAGGAAUACAUGAAGAAAGUACUGAAGACUGUACAUGCUACAUUUCCAACCAGCAAGCUGCAGGAAUCUUACGAGGGCCACUUGGAAUAUCACUUGCCAAGCAGCAGCCUCACGUGGAGCCAAAUGUUUUCCUUGCUGGAGUUCCUGCGGAAGAAGCUGAACCUGCUGGACGCGAUGCUGAGAAACACCACCUUGGACCAGAUCUACGUGACGCUCGCCAAGAAGGAAGUCGGUCGAAGGGUGGACUUUGACGAAUACGGAGAAGAUCAGGAAGACGAAUGCGAGCUUUGAUUUCGAUAUCGAUAACCCAAUAGCGCCAAAACGAGAAAAUAAAACUAUAAUAUAGUAGCGAUGUUUGCUGCAACAUCGCUGU